GGAAGCUGUCGCCCCGCUCAGGUAACGGAGGGCUGUAAACCAUGGCACAAGCUGAGAAGAAAGGUGGAUUGCUUCGGAAAUCUUCAGCUAGUAAGAAACCCUUGAAAGAGAAGGUUGUGCUAAUGUAUGAUGAGAUCUUUACGACAGAAGAUCCCAGUAAAUGCAACCCUCGGUUCUGGGAGGAACUUUUCCUCAUGAAGGUGAAUCUGGAGUAUUUGGAAGGGAAGCUGGAGUCUCUAGAUGGUGAAGAGUUAAUGAAGAUAAAAGAUAACAUCAACUGUUUGUUCCAGCGCUGCAUCCGAGCCCUGGGAGAAGAGCAUCCGAUCAGAGUGGUCAAUGCAUUACAGACACUAUGUGCAUUAAUCCGUGGGGUUCAUCAGAAGAACAAAUCCACAUCUGGCUUUGACAUAAUCAACAUGCUGAUGGGCUUUGACAAGGCUGAGAUGUGUAUGAAGAAUCUGAUGGAGAGCUUGGACUCGCUUCUCUGUGCAGAAGGGUCUGAAAGCCUCAAGAGUUUGUGCCUGAAACUACUGCUCUGCUUGGUGACUGUUACUGAUAACAUCAGUCAGAACACAAUUCUGGAGUAUGUGAUGAUUAACAGCAUCUUUGAAGCUAUUUUACAGAUCCUCUCCAAUCCGCCCUGUCGUAGGGAACAUGGUUAUGAAGCUGUUGUCCUGCUUGCCUUAUUAGUAAAUUACCGAAAGUAUGAGUCUGUGAAUCCUUACAUAGUGAAGCUCUCUAUCAUAGAUGACGAGGCCACGCUCAAUGGAAUGGGUCUUGUGGUUGCUCAGGCAUUAUCAGAGUAUAACCGGCAGUACAGAGACAAGGAAGAAGAACACCAGAGUGGCUUUUUCUCUGCCUUGACCAACAUGGUGGGCAGCAUGUUCAUAGCUGAUGCUGAUGAGAAAAUCUCAGUUCAAACCAAUGAGGCUAUCCUUUUGGCCCUCUAUGAAGCUGUUCAUUUGAACCGAAACUUCAUCACUGUCUUGGCACAGAGUCAUCCUGAAAUUGGAUUGGUGACGAUGCCAGUAAGCCCAGUUCCUACAACUCCAGUCACACCGCUUGGUACUACACCACCUUCUUCUGAUGUUAUAAGUACUGUGGAACUGCCUCUGGAUGCUGAUGUGCAGACUAGCAACCUGCUAAUAACUUUCUUAAAGUACAGCUCCAUCGUCAUGCAGGACACCAAAGACGAACACCGGCUCCAUAGUGGCAAGCUCUGUCUGAUUAUCCUGACCUGCAUAGCCGAGGACCAGUAUGCUAAUGCUUUUCUGCAUGAUGACAACAUGAAUUUCCGAGUAAACCUCCACAGAAUGCCUAUGAGACACAGAAAGAAAGCCGCCGAUAAAAACCUUCCCUGUCGGCCUCUGGUUUGUGCAGUGCUAGAUCUGAUGGUGGAGUUCAUCAUAACACACAUGAUGAAAGAAUUUCCCAUGGAUCUUUAUGUGCGCUGUAUUCAGAUAGUGCACAAGCUGCUUUGCUACCAGAAGAAAUGCAGGGUGAGGCUUCAUUACACUUGGAGAGAGCUCUGGUCAGCUCUGAUUAAUCUGUUGAAGUUCCUGAUGUCCAAUGAGACUGUUUUGCUGGCAAAACACAACAUCUUCACCCUGGCUCUCAUGGUGGUAAACCUGUUUAAUAUGUUCAUCACUUACGGAGAUACCUUCCUUCCAACUCCUAGCAGCUAUGAUGAGCUAUACUAUGAGAUCAUCAGGAUGCACCAGAGUUUUGAUAACCUGUAUUCUAUGGUUUUGAGGCUAUCAACCAAUGCCGGUCAAUGGAAGGAGCCAGCCAGCAAGGUGACCCAUGCUUUGGUCAACAUACGAGCCAUAAUCAACCACUUCAAUCCAAAGAUAGAGUCUUAUGCUGCUGUAAAUCACAUCUCGCAGCUGUCAGAGGAACAGGUUUUGGAAGUGGUGCGCUCCAACUAUGACACACUGACCCUGAAGUUGCAGGAUGGGCUAGACCAAUAUGAACGCUAUUCAGAACAACACAAAGAAGCUGCUUUCUUCAAAGAACUGGUUCGAUCUAUCAGCAUCAACGUGCGGCGAAAUCUGGCCUUCAACACCCUCAGCCAGGAGGCCCUGUUGAAAGAAUUUUCGACCAUCUCCUGAAGCUGAAUUAUCUCCUGUUUCCUGACCAGUCCUGGCGUUAGUGCGCCCCCUUCCCCAGCAUUGACUAUAGCUCCUGGUUGUGGAGUGGGCUAAUCCUAGUGCGUGUGUGUGUUUUCCAAGCAAGAGCAAGGGGAGAUUUGGACUUGACCCAUAAGACUGGGCACGGAGAACUAAUGCUGUGGACUGCCCUUGGAGGGGCAU